AUGCGUCAAUUGAAAUAUCACGAGCAGCGUUUGCUGCGCAAAGUUAAUUUCUUUGACUGGAAGCGAGACAAAACUGCGAGAGAAAAUAAAUUCAUCCGAAGAUACCUCAUUGAAGACAGAGAGGACUAUCACAGGUACAACAAGUUGUGCGGCUUGAUAACCAAAUUGGUGGCGGGGCUACGCCGGCUGCCUCCCGAUGAUGUUUUUAGGAUUCGCAUGAGUGAUUUGCUUCUAGAUAAACUCUACCGCAUGGGUGUAAUACCGAAGAAGGCUGAUUUAUCUGCUGCUGAAGGGAUUGCUGCUUCAGCCUUCUGCAGGAGGAGACUCCCGGUUGUGCUGCUGCAGCAGCACAUGGCGACACAUCUGCAGCAAGCUGUGCAGUUUGUGCUGCAGGGCCACAUCCGCAUGGGCAGCGAAGUAAUAACAAACCCGUCUCUGCACAUAACUCGAGAUAAUGAAGAUUUAAUAGAGUGGGCUGAGGGUUCCUCCUCCCGCACACUUCCUGCUGCAGUUGGUGCUCCUGCUGCAGUUGCUGAUGCUGCUGCAGUUGCUGAUGCUGCUGCUGCUGCUGCAGUUGGUGCUGCAGCAGCAGCGGAGGAGCCGAAAGCAGUUGAUUGA